GAUGUCAUCCUUAUGACCAUCAUCAGGUGCUCCGCGGUACUUUAUAGCUACUAUCAGUUUUGCAACCUGCAUAAAUUAGGAUCGAAAUAUAUACUAGUAACCAUCGCCGGUCUGUUCACAGUGUUUUCCAGUUUUGUCUUCAGCUCGAGCGUCAUCAACUUCUUGCGCAGUGAUAUCAGUGACCUGAAGGAUGCGCUAUUUUUCUUCCUCCUUCUGAUUGACUUGUCGAAGGCCGCGUUGUUGGCUCAACUGGCCCUCAGCGCCUCUUCUCAGGCAGAGGUGACGCAGAACAUAGCUCGUGGAAUGUCACUUCUUGGUCCAACGAUAACACUGGAUACCCUAGUCGAAGCUCUAGUCAUUGGAGUUGGAACGCUGUCUGGAGUGCCCAGGCUGGAAGUUCUUUGCUGUUUUGCUUGUCUUUCAGUUCUUGUAAAUUACGUAGUUUUUAUGACAUUUUAUCCAGCCUGCUUGUCCCUAAUACUGGAGUUAUCUCGAACCGGAGAGGGUAGUAAUUUGGGACGUGGGGAAGCACUAUUGGCCAAAGCAUUACACGAAGAGGACCAGAAACCAAAUCCAGUUGUUCAACGAGUAAAAGUAAUAAUGUCUGUCGGCCUCAUGAUAGUUCAUGCCCAUAGUCGUUGGAGUUUGCAAGACGGCGGCGAUCACGAUGGUCCGGCCGCUCCGCUAGUAGGAUCUGAGCAACAUCGCACUAUGACCCAGAAUCGCACUGAAGAAACAUCGUUGCCUGGACACUUGAUGCGUUGGAUGGCAGUUGGUGCAGAGCAAAUUGUUAUAUUGAUACUAUUAGCUGCACUUGCCGUCAAAUUCAUAUUUUUCGAAGAUAACCAGCAGCAGUUAGCGGGUCAAUUGCGUAUGUCUGAAAGCGAAAACACAGAUAACAGCAACAACGCUACUACUAUGAGAGAUCGUGAACGCGAACGUCCCAUUUUUGGCAUAGGAGAUGAAGCAACGGAAGACAAGGCAACACAAACAGUAACUAUGAUUGAAGAAAGUCAGUCAAAUGAAGUUGAGGUAGAACCGGAGCCACGGUCACUCGAUGUUUGCCUUGAAAUUUAUCGUUCCGAACGUGGUGCUGCUGCUUUGACUGACGCCGAAGUCGCAUUGCUUGUACGUGCUCGUCACAUACCUUUAUACCGCAUAGAAGCAGCAGUCGGCGACGAUGAACGUGGUGUCAAAUUACGUCGCCGUAUUCUUACUUCCGAAGGAUUAUUCUCCGACACUGCACUACGCGAUCUUCCAUACCUAGAUUAUGAUUAUUCUCGCGUAAUGAACGCUUGUUGUGAAAAUGUUCUCGGUUACGUUCAAGUGCCAGUAGGAUUUGCUGGACCCCUGCUCUUAGAUGGACGCAAAUAUUACGUACCAAUGGCAACUACCGAAGGCGCGUUGGUGGCAAGUACCAACCGUGGAUGUAAAGCUCUGUUGGCCCGCGGUGUAAACAGCGUCGUGGAAGACGUAGGUAUGACCCGCGCACCCUGUAUUCGCUUUCCGACCGUGCGACGUGCCGAUUGCGCCAAAAAUUGGCUAGAGAGACGCGCAAACUUUGAAGCGGUUAAAGCAAGUUUUGAUUCUACAUCAAGAUUUGCACGAUUACAAGAAUAUGUUGGUAUGGAUGGUCCUCAAUUAUAUGUACGAUUUCGCGCCACCACUGGAGAUGCUAUGGGCAUGAACAUGGUCUCUAAAGGUGCUGAAAUGGCAUUGAGGCACGUGCAGAAAGUUUUUCCUGAUAUGGAAAUUGUUAGUUUGAGUGGUAAUUGUUCUGAUAAGAAGCCUGCAGCAAUAAACUGGAUUAAAGGACGCGGUAAACGCGUAGUGUGUGAUGCAGUCAUACCGGGUACAGUGUUGAGUUCCGUUUUUAGAACAAAUGCUGCUACGUUAGUAAGAUGUAACAAAUUGAAAAAUAUGGUUGGCACCUCUUUGGCUGGCAGUAUAGGUGGUAAUAACGCACACGCCGCAAAUAUGGUGACAGCUAUUUUUAUAGCAACUGGUCAAGACCCAGCACAAAAUGUUACCAGUAGCAAUUGUUCAACGGGAAUGGAAGUAUGUGGCGAUAAUAAUGAAGAUCUAUACAUGACCUGCACAAUGCCAUCUUUAGAAGUAGGAACAAUAGGCGGCGGUACCGUUCUACCUGGACAAGGUGCUUGUUUAGAAAUGCUGGGUGUAAAGGGUGCUCAUCCUGCGCAGCCUGCCGAAAAUGCUAAAUCUCUGGCGCGCAUCAUUUGCGCCACCGUUAUGGCAGGAGAACUUAGCUUACUUGCCGCCCUCGUAAACAGUGACUUAGUACGAAGUCAUAUGCGACACAACAGAUCUUCAGUAGCUGUAAAUCCAGGGUUAAAUAAUUCAGAAUCGAGCACUGUAUCUAUAAAUAAUUUAUUGCCCAAAGAAAAGACAUGCAAGUUAUUAGAUAUAAAAAAAUCUUGAUGGGUGCAAAACUGUUGCUUCCAUUGAAGUGUUUGUUUGAAGUCAACGAUUGUUGAUAGGUCUAACUAUAUUGUGAUAUGUUAGAAAAAUUUAAAAAAAAACAGAUGCACAUUUAUAUGAAUAUAGAAAAAAUAUGAAUUUGCUGUUGGACAAGCACAAAUGGAGUCAAUUUUAGAUUGUAUAUAGUUGUAUUAAGUGUAGCAUAUAUAAUUUUAA